UCGGACCCUGCGAUUAAGCAAUUGCACGCGCGAGCGCGCCCACCGCGCCUGCAAACCGGAGCUUCAGCUGCAUGGGAAUUUUGCCAUUCGAACCGCAGCUGGUAUCCAAGCUUCUGCUGUGCCCAGGCGCUAGCAUGGUUUACUCUCUUGCAUUGGAAUCUGCCUCUGUCUCUGCAACGUGUCUUCUACCUGGGACACUUGUUGAGGCUUCCAGAGAGGGGAGGCGCCGGAGGCCAAUUCAAGCACGGAAACUCGCAAAUUCUCACCCUGUUUCGAUUUCCCAAGGCAACUCAAACACUUCAACUUUAAGAAAGGGACAGCAUUGCACGCUCGACACCAGUACGGCUCUCCACUCUCUGCAUUGUGCGUUUUCUGCCUACACAGCCGGGCCCCUCGUGCACACACCUUCUUCUCAAUCAAAGGGCUCAAUCAAAGCUACAAGCAGGAUCAGGAUGACCUCGAUUCCCCGAGCAUCAGCAGGACAAUCAGAGCAGCGGACGGCCUCCCAAACAAAGCUGAGGCUGCAAGAUUUCCUCGAGAAGGAGGUUCAUGGUCUGGAAGGUGGGAAAGAGCUUGCUGCCGUGUUUCUGGCGGUGCAAGAGGCUUGCAAGGGGAUUGCUGAGCGGCUAAGCCACCUGGGGAUCGAUGACGGGCCAGCUUUGACAGGAGGAGGAGAGAGCGGCGCCAGUGCGAGCGGAAGAGAUGUGGCGAAGCCGAUGGACAUAGUGGCGAACGACCUGCUCAAAGACGCCUUGCUUCGGACGGGCUGUGUCGCCGUCCUUGCGUCUGAAGAAGAUGAGGAGCCUGUUGUAGGCAGCGAGGGGGGCAAGUUUGUGGUGGCGUUUGACCCCCUGGACGGGAGUAGAAACAUUGAUGCGGGAAUUCCUACAGGCACCAUUUUCGGCAUUCACAGAGUGAAGCCCAGCUGCGCUGCAGCCUCAAGCCCCGAGUGGUGUCAAGAGCAGGCCCUGCAGCCAGGCCGGGAUCUCCUAGCAGCCGGCUAUGCGCUAUACUCCUCAGCCACGAUGCUGGUCAUCAGCGUCGGACAUGGGGCCCACGGAUUUACCCUUAAUCGGAGAUUGGGCGAGUGGGUUCUAACGCACCCGGACAUGAAGGUGCCACGCCGAGGCCAAAUCUACUCCCUCAACGACGCCCGCUACUUCGACUGGCCCGCCGGCCUCCAAAGAUACAUCGACACUGUUCGUCAAGGCAAGGGCCAGAGCGGAAAACAGUACUCCGCUCGCUACGUCUGCUCCCUAGUUGCGGACCUCCACCGGACGCUUUUGUACGGCGGGUGGGCCGGUAACCCGCGGAGCCACCUGCGGCUGCUGUACGAGGCGAAUCCGCUCAGCUUCGUGGCGGAACAGGCGGGCGGAAAGGGGUCCGACGGAAAGCGAGAUAUCUUGGAUAUCGUGCCUUCGGCUCUGCAUCAACGGCUGCCGUUCUUCGUGGGCAGUGUGGAGGAUAUUGAGGAGCUGGUUGGGUAUGGGGACGUGCAGCAAGGGAAGAAUCCAGGGUAUACGGUCUGAUAUGAUCGUUGAGUUUGUUGUGCACUUGCGAGUUCACAAACUGCCGCGUUUUGCUAGAAUGACGUUGAGAAGUACCUAAAACAAGCCUCGGUGGUGGAAGAGUGAGUUGGGACCUUCUGAUUGGUUGGAUCUACAUGUACAAUAUAUGAUAGGCCCUCCGGAUACACUGUUUUAUGCUAUUCUUAUCUAUGCCAUCCACAGCAGCGGCCGGGUGCAUCCAACCGAGC